UUAAUUACAACUAAAAUUCCAAUGAAAUUCUACUCUACUUCCUUGUUACAACUUUUCAUUAUAUCAAGUUGUAUAGUGUAUGGUAAAGUUACAAGUCAUGAAGUAACAUUUUAUGUGCAAAAUAAAUGUGCAUUCCCGAUUUGGCCGUCGGUCGCCCCAAACUCCGGCCUUCCGGUGCUAGCUUCUGGUGGAUUUUACCUGCCAUGUGGAGGUAUUAAACGUAUCGAUGCUCCUUGGGGUUGGAGUGGUCGCAUUUGGGCUAGAACGGGAUGUGACUUCACUUCAAACUGGAAACAAGCUUGUGAAACAGGUGAUUGUGAUGGACAGUUGGAGUGUAAUGGAUUGAUCGGAAAACCUCCGGCAACACUUGUCCAAAUUGCGGUACAAACCGACAAAUCGAAACCUAAUUUCUACGAUGUAAGCCUCGUGGACGGUUAUAAUCUCCCCGUUGCCGUGAACUCCAAACCCAUGUCAUCCAAAUGCACCAUCUCAGGCUGCCAUAAAGAUCUCAAAACCACAUGUCCUCAAGAACUACAGGUUUUGAACGAAGAAGGACGAAUCGUGGCGUGCAAGAGUGCAUGCUUAGCGUUUGAUAACGACAGGUUUUGCUGCCGGAACGCGUAUGGAACGCCCGGAAAGUGCAAAAGAACUACCUACUCCAUGUUGUUCAAAGAGGCUUGUCCCAAUUACUAUAGUUAUGCCUACGACACACCUCCUCCUUUGGUCACUUGCUCCGCCAAAGAAUACCUUAUCACAUUUUGUCCAUCAAGUUGGGGUCACAGUUCCACGUAAAUUAAAACCUCUAAUAUAAGUUGAUUCAUGUACAAUAUCAAUGUUACUUAAAAGUUCAAAGUAUGAUUUUAUACUCAUAAACGUAUGGUUCGUAUAGUUCUCAUAGAUUCUCUGUUUUUUUCUCUCUUUAUUGGGCCUUGUAGUCCCAAGUGUGUGAUAACAUGAUGUGAGAUUGUGUUAUGGACCGGUGAUCAUAUUAUUAUGGAAAUGGAAGUGCUAAUAACCAAAAUAAAAUAAGUUUGGGUUUCACUUUAA